AUGGUUUCAACUGGGACCCCCAAAACCCUCAUUGGGAAGUCAAAGCAUUUAAAUUAUGGUAAUGAACUGACCCAGUCUCAAGGAAAGAGUGAACCUGGUUAUAGAACUGAUAGUAGACAGAAAGCCAGGGUUGAUCACGCUCAUUGCUCAUCAUUUUGUUACAGACUCAAGGACAAAGCAAAGAUGUCUUCAAGCCACAGUGGAGUCCUGCUUAGCAUUUUUUGCCUUUGUGCAAUCAGUUGCACAGAGGUCUUCGGGCACACUUCAGUAAUCAGUGUGAGAAAUGGAGGCCAGUGGGGUGACUGGCAGAAUCCUGAUCGUUGUCCUGAUGGAUGGAUUGCCUAUGGAUUUGCUUUGAAGGUACAGGGCUCCCAAGUAAAAGGAGAUAAUACAGCACUGAAUGGAAUACGGCUGUUCUGUAAGGAAUCAGCACAAGCUAGUAUUGUACGGAGUAUUGAAUCGGGGACGGGGCAGUGGGGCUCAUGGACAAGCACACAGUGGUGCUCAGAAGGUUUUCUCAAAGCAUUCCUGUUGCAAGUGGAGACUCAUCAGAAGGGUGGUGAUGAUACUGCAGCCAACGACAUCAUCUUCAUAUGCUCUAAUGGGACUGUCUUGGCAGGUCAUGGACAAGCCUGGGGAAACUGGGGCAGUCAGAGUAAUGCCUGUGAAAGAGGCAUCUCCAGCAUUCGAACAAAGGUGGAGCAACCAACAGGAGAUGGAGAUGAAACAGCUCUGAAUGACGUCCGCUUUUUCUGCCAUUAAAUCCAGAGUCUGCACAAAAGACCUCAGUGGCAUGUUGAGAGGGGGCAGAAUACUUACACAAUAGCAAUAUUUAAACUAAGAUAAUGCUUUAUGGGUUAAUAGGGUGCUUAGGGUGAGCAAGGAUUAAAAAUGUUUAAAGAAUAAUUUUUUUUCUGUAACUUUCCUAUUUACUAAAACAAUUAAAUAAGCAACUUUCAUCAUUACUAUUGUUAAAGGAUAACUUCAGUACUUCUUCAAAACAUUUGCCAUGUGAAAUUGUGCUCUUCAGUUAAGCACUUUCUAUAAAUUUAAAUAAAAUAUCUUGCCUGCACUGUGACUUUGAAUUGGAUGCUAUGGAGUACAGAGGAAAAGCUUAAAAACUUAGCAAAUAUAUUUAUUUUCCAUGCCUUGGCAGUUGCAAUUUUUAAAGAGCACCAUCUGUGUGCAAUAACUUAGCACUUUAGUCUUUCUGUGUGAUAAACUUUCACCUUCCUCCUUGGAGGUGUAGUUUCCCCUUGAAAGACCAAAUCACAGUACACCAUGUGGUUUUGGUUUGAUUUACUUGUAUUUACUUUUGUUAAUUUAUGAUCUCAUUCAAGUGAAUAGAAAACAUAUCCAUACCACAAGAAAAAUAGUACCAGGAAAAUGCCAAAAAUUAUAAUUUCCAGAUCCCUUUAGUUAUCACCAACAUUCAUUGGAAACAUGGAAGGUACAGAUCAAUACUCGACAACUGUCCUAGCAUGUUUUUUUCCCAUUUCUCCAUACCCUCCAUUAUAAAGUGCCAGUACAGUUAAGUUUUUUUUUUUUUUAUUUAUAAGAAGUACUUAACUUUAGAACACAAUUUUGUGUGACAAAUGCAUGUAUACCAUGUAUGUGAAAAAAUAAAUAACCUGAUACCUAUCCUUUAAGACAAAAUGUACACAACAAAUAAGCUGGUUGAAUGGUUCAUAAAGUAUACUGUGGACCCUUCUGAAUCCCUACUAAUGGGUGAUUUCUUCAAUCAGACAUUAUAUGUUAGAGUAUAAACAAGAACAUUAUACUUAGACAUUAUGUUUCAUAGUAGACAAUCUUAGAUCUUAAACUUAUUUGAAUUUCAUUUGUC